AAUGUUUUGUCGUCACUUCCUCGAAUAUUUUUCUAGAAGCAGUAAAAUUUUGCACGUUGAUUUGAGAAGUAAAAGAGAGAUUUUUUGUGUUUUCUUUUUCCGUAAAUAGACAGAGUCUGUGGUGAGCACAAAAAUGUCGCACACCAUUUUGCUUGUCCAGCCAACCAAGAGACCAGAGGGUCGCACGUAUGCUGACUACGAGUCAGUCAACGAGUGCAUGGAAGGGGUUUGCAAAAUGUAUGAAGAACACCUUAAGAGGAUGAAUCCAAACAGCCCCUCCAUUACUUAUGACAUCAGUCAGUUAUUUGACUUCAUUGAUGACCUGGCAGAUCUGAGCUGUCUUGUGUACAGAGCUGAUACUCAAACAUACCAACCGUACAACAAAGACUGGAUCAAGGAGAAGAUAUAUGUCCUGCUGCGACGUCAGGCGCAGCAAGCAGCAAAGUAAAAGCAUCUUUGGCGUGUUGUCCUGCUACAUUCACUUGGAAGGAGUUAAAUCUGCUCUAUGAUUACACAGCACCUUACAGUUCUGUGUAUAAGGACAACAUUCUCAAUCUAACAAGGUUAUUGUAUACAUUUAUUACUGUAUAAUCUGAAAGAAAAAAAGGCAGUUUUGGGAAAUGGGAUGAGGUAAAAGAAUUUGGGCUUUAUACCAAAAUACCUUUUCAGUUUAAGUGCUUGACAACUUUUCCUCAUUCUCAUAUUUGCAUUUUAAUUGAUACAUGGCUAAUGGGGCUAAAAGCUGCAAGCAGUAAUUUACUGAUUGCAAGAGAUUCUCCCUCAGAGAAAUGACCCACUGUUAUGUCAAACGAAUUUUGAUUCCAGAUGUCAUGCAGGUUUUGAAUGCAGCUGAUAUAUUUUUGAUUGAGAUAGAAGUGGAGUAUUUAAAACAUCCUGGAAAGUUACAUUUUCACAUUUCAUCUGUUGUUAUUGCCAUAAACCUUAUUUCAUUAUGUAAAAGGCUGUUUUUGUAAACAUAUUGUUUUGCGUAGUAUCUGAUUUUUAACCCUAUUUGUUAUCUUUGAUUUAAACAAAAUAAAUGAUUGAUUUCUGA